CAUCCUCCCAUCAACUUACCUACCUACCUACCUACCUAUCUGCCGACCUAUUCUCCAAACACGACGACCCCUCCACAAAACGCCGACCAUCGAUUCCAAUCUCACCUUCGACUUCCUCCUCGAGGCUGGCCGACGCUUCAACGAUUCUCCUUCAACCUGUCGUAACGCCAAAGAUCUUUCGUUCGUUCCGUUGGCGGACAGCAACGCCGUUUCGGGUCUUGUCCCUCCCCCCCCCCUCACCCUUUCCUCAGGUCAGCAAUCCACCGACUCGACCCGACCCGACAAAACCAGAACCAUCACCGGAUAGACCAGAUCAUACUCGACUCGAAUCGCCUUGACUCGACCUUGCCUUGCCUCUCCUAUCCCACAAUCUCCAUUCCAUCCGGCCAGAACCGCGCCUUCACUCUUCGUUCACUUCGAAAAUAAGAAUACCCCCCGACAUGACCAGCUGAGUGCAAUAGCUCCAGGAUGUUCACUCUGUCCAGCCUCGUGCAGAAGGCCCAGCAGUUGGUCGACCCGACCCAAGGCCUGAACCUGACCAACUCGGACAAGAAUCCGUCCAAGUCGUCGCUCUUCCAGAACCAGUUUCGCCUUCCCAGCACCUCGACACCGCUGUACGAGAUCAAUGCCGAGUUGACCAUCCCGCCCGCCAAUGCCACCUACGGAGGGAAGGACCACGAUCGAGGCUACCACUAUGCUGGCAAGCUGCAUCUCUCCGAGGGUUAUAUGUGCUUCUCCACAACUCCCUCAAGCUUCAUCCAGUCGGCGAGCACCUCGACUAGCUCUGCUUUCACUGGCCAGACACACGGCGGGGGCCCGAGCGGGAAUGGCUUCACCUUCCCUCUCUGUGCCAUUCGCCGCGUUGAGAGGCUGAACAGCCAGAAUUUCCAGUUUGCCUUGGCGAUUACCACCUGGAACGGCAUCACCCAACAAAGGGACAAAGACAAGGAGACCGCCGCCGAAAAGGAAAAGAAGGACGGCAGAGAGCAGAGGAUCACGAUACACCUAGCCGGCACUCGGCAGGGCUGCGAGCGUUUUUGCGAUGGCUUGAAGAAGGGCCUCAGGGCCGGCGUUGGUAACGUCGGCAAGUACAAGAAGGUUGUCGGCGAGUGCUACUCCGAAUACCUUCUCAGGUCGGACGACAAGAAGAAUGCGAGCCCGCCCGACGCCGGUUUGGGCAUGAUGUUCCGCUACCCCGGAGACCCCAAGAAGUUGCGCGACAGGGCCAAGAUGCGCCUCUGGGCCGAAUACCUGCGCGACAACGGUCGGAACAUGACGCUGAUCCGUCAACCCACCUUCCACAAGCUCAUCCGUGUCGGCCUGCCCAAUCGACUGAGAGGCGAGACCUGGGAAUUGACCUCGGGAUCCAUCUACCUCCGGCUCGAGCACCCCACAUUAUACGCCGAGACACUGGCCAAGUACGAAGGCCAAGAAUCUCUCGCUAUCGACGAGAUCGAGAAGGACCUGAACCGUAGCCUUCCGGAGUAUCCCGGCUUCCAGAGCGAAGAGGGAAUCGGUCGGCUCCGGCGCGUGCUUACCGCCUACAGCUGGGUGAACCCCGACGUCGGCUACUGCCAGGCCAUGAACAUCGUCGUGGCGGCACUGCUAAUCUACAUGUCCGAAUCACAAGCCUUCUUCCUCCUGUCGUCACUCUGCGACAGGCUCGUCCCAGGCUACUACUCGACCACCAUGUAUGGAACCCUACUGGACCAGAAGGUGUUCGAGUCGCUUGUCGAGAAGACGAUGCCCAUUUUGUGGGAACACCUGGUGAAGAGCGACGUGCAACUUUCUGUCGUGUCGCUGCCUUGGUUCCUGUCACUGUAUAUAAACUCUAUGCCUCUGGUCUUCGCUUUCAGAGUGUUGGAUGUUUUCUUCGUCGAAGGACCCAAGGUUCUGUUCCAGAUCGGCCUUGCCAUCUUGAGAAUCAACGGCGAAGAGCUGUUGGACGCCGCUGACGACGGCGCCUUCAUUUCCAUCCUCAAAGGUUACUUCGCUCGUCUGGACGAGUCGGCACAUCCCAAGUCAGAGAACCCGAAGCUGCGUGCUGUCACGAAGUUCCAGGAGUUGAUGGUUGUGGCGUUCAAGGAGUUUUCCGGGAUCACUCACAGCAGCAUCACGGAUUUGCGGUUAAAGAAUAAGGACGCCGUUCUCAGCAACAUCGAGAGCUUCGCAAAGAGAACAGCUCUUCGGAACCUAGGCCCCGACAGCAAGCUCUUGGCGACAGAAGAGCUGGGCGCCCUAUACGAUCGCUUCUAUACCAUUCUGUACGAAAGACAGCAACGCGAAAGCAUUAUUCAGCAAGAGAAGCAACGUCGCGCGAAAAACGCACGGCCUAGAGCGCGCGAUGUUUUUGAAGCCAACGACGAGCACGUCGAGAAGGGCCGCGUGGCACUCGGUGCUAGCACUAGCCUGAUGGAUUACGACGCCUUUAGAGAGUUCCUCGCCAACAUGGCCAAGUGGGCCAUCUCCGACUCGCCCACCACGCCACGCCGAGAUACCUUUGCAGACAAGGACAGGAACGCCUAUACUAGCCGCCGACAGAACAACGGCAUGUUGUCUCCUUGGGGCUCCAGUCCGGAGCCCGCCGACCACGAGUUCAUGCAACGGCUCUUCAAGAAAUGGGAUGUUAGCGGUACAGGCGCGCUGACCCUGGCCAACGUCGUGGCUGGUUUUGCGAGGAUCAAGGGCAAAAAGGAUAUCAUGGGCACCAUCACUUACUUCUUCGAGCUGUAUGACGAUGACGGCGAUGGCAAGGUUGACCGUGAGGGAAUCUUACGCAUCUCCGAAGCUUUGUUGUUCUUGUCGAGGCGGGGACUUGAGGGAACCCUGAGCCCAAGUGCCUCUACCCUCACGCUCGGCACUCCCAACGGACAAGGCCCCGAGCCCGGUCUACCCGGGAUUUCGACCAAUGAGAAGUUCUUGGGUAGCGUCAGUGCAUUUAUAAGACGGUGCUUCGAAUAUGCUGAUCCAGAUCACCCGAACAACAAGAUUCACGAGGAAGAAAAGCACAAGUCUGCGGACGACGGCGGAGCGUUUGCCAUUGGCGACGAUGACGACGAGGAUGAGGAGGAUCUCCUUGCUAUGGACUCACCAGCAAGUAGUCCGUCUAAAGCAAAAAAGUUGUCACCGGAGUCGCCGUCGUCGUUAGCCGAGGGCAAGUCGUACCAGCCUGCCGCAGGGCAACGACGUGUCUCCAAGGCGCAAUCAGAAGCGGCAAAUGCUGCACUGGACCCCGCCAACCCUCUUCACAUGACACUGCCAACGUUCCGCAUGGUUGUUCUCGCCGAUGAGCUCCUCGAGCAGUUUUUCGAGUCCUCCUUCCCGACGUCCUUCCAUCUCAUUGAGGGUCUGCCGUCCGCAUCAACGCCCACGUCAACGCUCACGACCUUCUCCAGCCUAAACUUCGGACGUGCGCCAGUUGCUGCCCUAAAUCCCGCUGCCCAAGGAGCGACCCGUGGCCUUCGCGGAGUGCUGGACAACAUUGUCACGGACGGCAUGCGUGUCGCUGCGGAAGUGCGAAGGAGGAUGGAGGAGGCGCAGAAGGAGCUGGAGAAGAACGCCUUACCCGGACAACGAGACGAGGAGGAGGAGGACGACGCAGAUAUUGGGGUGGAAAUCGGCAUCAGAAAGGGCACGGCCGGGGGCAGCGCCGACAUUGAAAGACGCAGUGUCCGGAGCGAAGACCGAGAUCUGCUCGACGGGGCAGACGCCGAGGCUGGGGCCAACGGCGGCGGCAAGGAAGGGCAGCUCGUGGACAUUGAGCCGACGACCCGGAGCGAUGCAAAUGCCAAGGGCGUUGUUGAGUUUGAGGGCUGAGGGCAGUUGUGUUCAACGUGCCACGCAAGAGCAAGCGUUGCGCACGUUGGACAGGGAACGUCUGAGACAACAAGCAGGAGAUAUGGGUGGCUAAGCCCAUGGUGCCGGCCUGAUCAGGAGAAGGCAGAGAGCGGCGGUGGCAGUUUGCUGGAGGACUCGGGAGGAAUGCAAGGCAAUUCAGGGAGGACGGAUGGGUGGGGUUGGCAGUGGUGUUUUGCCCUUUGGCUGGCUGGUUGUCUGGCGUGUGUGUGCGGUAGAAGGAAGGUAUUUGUGGGAAUUGGUAUUAUACCUGCUAACGGCCUACUGGUGGGAGUACGUUAGGGAUUAUGUUGCCCGAGAGGUAGGCGGCUAGAUUACAUGGUCACUCGAAAAAAGAUGUUGACCGUUAGGAGGCCUGACUGUGUUAAGGCAUCGUCUCGCCACGUGAUGUUGAAGAAGAUGCCGGUCGCGCAGUAAGUAUUAGUGCGAUAGAUGGGUCGGAGAGGCUUGGUAGAGUAGUGUUCCGCGAUGAGCAGUAAGCAAGAAGUAUUGUCAUCUAUCAUCUAUCACACAAGCCUAUGUAUGGCUGGCUGUCUAUCAUUAAAGAGCUUGUCGGAAACACGUCAAUCUCAUCCCUUCAGGGGGGAAGGGUUGCAAGCUGCCGGACGCUCUGG